UCCCCCAGAAACCGAAUCAAUUUGGGCUACAAAAGUAUUCCAAUCACGAACGAACGAACCAACAAACGAACAAACCGAUCCUUGCCUGCUUCGAGUCCCGAAUCGCGAGCUCCGUCCCCAACAGUUCGUCGCACCCAUCCCACGAAUUUGAGGGCGAGAGAUGGACGACGCGGCGAUUGCCGGUUCCCGCCCUGCUCUGUUGAUCACCAACGACGACGGAAUCGACGCCCCGGGGCUCCGCUUCCUCGUUGACCUCCUCGUCGCCGCCGAUCGGUACCGCGUCCUCGUCUGCGCUCCUGAUUCGGAUAAGUCAGGUGUUGGACAUAGCAUUACUUGGCAUCGUGCUCUUAGUGCCAAACGUGCUGAGAUUAUGGGUGCUACAGCUUUUGCAGUAUCAGGCACUCCUGCAGACUGUGCUUCCUUGGGAAUCUCUGGCAAACUUUUUGAUGGUGUAAUUCCUGAUUUGGUGAUCAGUGGCAUCAAUAUCGGUUCCAACUGUGGAUAUCAUGUGGUAUACUCUGGGACAGUAGCUGGUGCUCGAGAAGCAUUUUUAUAUGGUGUACCUGCAUUAGCUAUAUCACAUAACUGGAAGGGAAGAAAGAGUGACGUUCAUGACCUGAAGCUAGCUGCAGAUGCUUGCUUGCCCCUCAUAAAUGCUGUAUUAUAUGAGCUUAAAGCCAAGGCAUAUCCUGAAGGUUCAUUUUUGAAUGUAGAUGUGCCUACGGAUGUUGCAAAUCACAAGGGAUUCAAGAUAACAAAGCAGGGAAAAUUCAUGACCAGAAUUGGUUGGGAGCAAACAUAUUCCAGCACACCAGCACUAGAAAGCUAUCAGACUGCAAAUAUGAACAUUGACUCUGGAUCAAGCCCUGCAAACAAUGCUUCAUCAGCUCUAGUGGAAGAUGAACUUUUGUUUAAAAGAGUGGUUAUCACGAAGAAUGAUGUAGAAGAGGAAGAAGAUACAGACCACAGGGCCCUCGAAGAAGGAUAUAUUACAAUCACCCCUUUAGGUGCCCUCUCCCACACAGAAAUGGAAGCUGUGCCCUACUUUAAAGGUUGGUUGAUGCGUCUGGCAGAACGUACAUCUUCUUCAUCCUUGUGAAGAUCCAAAACAUAAAAGCAUCUAAAAAUAUCUGGAAUUCAUGCAAAAAUGCCUUCUGGAAUUUGCUAUUGCUCAAGUCUUUUUUUUGCCAAUCAGUGAGAUUCAAUGCCCGUAUGGAACAAAGCUGACAGCUGCUGCAAGUUUAUUUGUCAUGUCUUCAUUCGAAAUCAUAAAUCGUACCUGAAAGGCAUUGCAGUGCAACUGAUAUAGCCUAAUCACAUCAGCUGUCGUUGACUCCGAAGACAGACGCCUGCAUUUAUUUUUCUUAUUGUAAUGAUACAAGAAAAUGGACCAUGAAUGACAUUAAAAGAAAACUCAUGGUAAAUUGGCUAAUAAUAUAUUUAGAGCACUGCUUGAAGUGGACACA